AUGAUCCCAACACCCCUUGCGCUGCUCGUAGCGCUCGUAACCCUCCUCCCGCUCACGCUCGCACAAGCCGUCGGCUGGUCGACAAUCUACUGGCCCGUGCUGUCGCCAUCCAAGACACAGCCGUGGGUCGUGGGCCAGAAAAACCUGCUCGCAUGGCGCGUCGCCGGCGGGACCGGCAUCCCCGUCUUCGACAUCCAGCUGCACAACUGGAACAAGAAGCUCAUGCCGGGCUACAUCAAGCUCGCGACGCAGUACCCCAUGCAGUCGCUCCCGGGGACGUACAAGAACCUCGGGGGCGAGAUUGAGAUCGAUCUCGACGGGAGCGUGCCAGUCGGCGACGACUUCGUGAUCGCAUUCACCAACAUGACGCACGGCAACGUCUACGCGACGUCGCCUCCGUUCUCGAUCCUUGCGCAGGCCCCAUCAAACUACAGCGACAAUCCCGAGAAGCUUCCCUCGGCAACCGUGACUGCGACGCUCACGCACGGCGCAAAUCCCACCCAGCAGUGGGCCAUCACUCUCGACGGCCAGGGACCAGCAUACCCGCAGACGACGACCACGCCCGAGCCGGUGUAG